AAAUAUAACAAACGACUCAUAUUGUGGAGCUUAGCUGAAAUUAUACACAGCAAUGAUCUUUACAAUAAAAAGAAAUCACAAUACUACAUGAUCAUACAAACAUAGGUAGGGGUAAAAGGUAAUUUCCCUUUAUGUAUACCUGAUUGAUAUAAAUAUAUAGUUCCCCAAUUCCUCUGCAAUAUGCUUUUACUAAAAAGAAAAGAAAAUGCAUGUUGUGAAGAAAUCAAAGGUGACCAAGCAUCUAAAAUCUCUAUCAGAGAAAAUGCCAAUAAAAUUACCCAAGAUGAUGAUGUUAUUCCCAGUUGGGGGUUGCUUUGAUGGGUGCAGAGACCACACCCAAGGUGGGUCAUCAGGAGGGUUGGGCACCAGAAUAUGGAACCUCAGUGACAAGCCUGUAGAGCUUCAAAUAAGAGUGGGUUCCAUUCUAAAAAAGGUUCACACUCUCAAACCAGGCUCAUCAAAGAGACUCAAAUGCAAGACCAUUUAUAAAGCCUUUAUGCCUGGUGGGAAUAUCAAUGGUGGCAUGAAGAGCUUGCUCUAUUACUACGACGAGACUUGUCACCCUUAUGUUUGGAUUAAUGACACUGGUGGUGACACCAUGAGAAUGGUCAAACAACAGUAUAUUAGCCUUGAAGAUUUGAGAGAUUUUUCUGAGAUUAGAAUCUUUAGGGAUCACCAACGUGGAUGCAUUUCAGUUCGGAAGAAGGCCAGGCCUGAUAUUUGUUAAAAUACAUUUUAUUUUCUCUACUUUUUUUUUCCUUCUUGGAUAUGUUAAAGUUUGUUGUUUUUGGUUACAUUUUGAUUAGAUUUUAAUGCUUGAUUCUCUGUUCUCUAUCAGAUUAUUAGUUUUGUGGGUGUGUAUUUGGAAGAGUUUUGGUUUUUUUUUUCUAAAGGUCAUGUUAAAUACUGAAAGAAAAAUUAAUGUAUUAAUUAAUCAGAUCAAUAUUCUCAUCAAA